CAGUUGACUGUCAAACAUCACAAAGAAAAGUGGGUGACGCAAUUAAGCUUAAUUGAUAUUUGUGACAAUGCGUUUGGCAAUAUUUUUAUUAAUAUUUUGCAUAUUUCAUUAUGGUUUUGGAGUCGAUCCAACAAAUUUCAAAACAUGUGAACAAAGCAGUUUUUGCAGGCGUUGUCGUAAAGUACAACCGGGAAAUUCGAAAUUUGCUUUGGUACCAGGUUCUAUGAAUACUUAUUCGAAUGCUAUAACUGCUGAUUUGAUAAACAAGGGUACGCAACAUUUAUUUGCUUUCAAAUUGGAGGCUUUAGUGAAUAAUAGAUUCCGCAUUUUAAUUGACGAAAAGAGUCCAUUAAAGCCGCGCUAUAAAGUAGAACAUGUAUUGAUAGGAGAACCUCAGCCAGAAACCCUUACUGUGGAAAAAGAAGAUCGUUCCGAGAUUGUUUUAGCAUCUGGCAGUAACAAAGCUGUUAUUGCUGCAGAUCCCUUCCGUGUUGAUUUCUAUGAAAACAAUGUUUUGGUUGUAUCUGCCAAUGCCAGAGGUUUAAUGAAUUUCGAACAUUUACGUCACAAACCUCAAGGAAAUCCCGAAGAUGGCCAGGAGGGUGAGGCAGAGAAUAAAGAAAAUCAAGUUGUUAAUACACCAGAAGACAGUGAUCCUGGUGCUUGGGAAGAAAAUUUCAAAUCUCAUCAUGAUUCGAAGCCAUAUGGUCCAGAGGCUGUUGCUUUAGAUUUCUCUUUCCCCGAAGCUGAGGUUCUGUUUGGUAUACCGGAACAUGCAGACAGUUUUGUAUUGAAAUCGACAUCGGGUACAGAUCCCUAUCGUUUAUAUAAUUUAGAUGUUUUCGAAUAUGUAAUUGAUAGUAAAAUGGCUUUGUAUGGUUCUGUUCCGGUACUAUAUGGUCAUGGUGCUCAACGUACCGCUGGUGUUUAUUGGCAGAAUGCUGCUGAAACCUGGGUAGAUAUUUACACGGCCGAAACCAAUGUUGUAUCGUCUAUUGUCAAAUUUGUUUCUGGUUCUCGUAAAGUUGAUCCUCCAGCUGCUCAUUUCAUGUCUGAAUCUGGUAUUAUUGAUGCGUUCAUUUUGAUGGGCCCCACACCUUUGGAUACAUUUAAGCAGUAUACUUCCCUUACCGGUACCGCCAAUUUGCCACAACUCUACACUUUGGCUUACCAUCAGUGUCGCUGGAAUUACAAUGAUGCUAAAGAUGUGGAAACUGUGUCUACAAAAUUCGAUGAAUAUGAUAUUCCCAUGGAUAUUAUGUGGCUGGACAUUGAAUAUACCGAUGGCAAGAAGUACUUUACAUGGGAUCAAUUUAAAUUUGCUGAUCCCUUAAGUAUGAUUAAAAAUCUAACUGAUGUCGGCCGUCAUUUGGUGAUUAUUAUUGAUCCUCAUAUCAAGCGUGAUAGUGGUUAUUUCUUCCACAACGAUUGCACCGACAAGGGUUAUUAUACUAAAUUGCGCGAUGGUAAGGAUUAUGAGGGCUGGUGUUGGCCUGGUUCGGUUAGUUAUCCCGAUUUCUUCCGUCGAGAUGUGCGUGACUACUACGGUGAACAGUAUAUGUUGUCAAACUUUAAGACUGUUACAUCUGAUGUCAUGUUUUGGAAUGACAUGAACGAACCAUCGGUGUUUAAUGGCCCUGAGGUAACCAUGCCUAAGGAUUUAAUACACCAUGGUGAUUGGGAACAUCGUGAUGUACACAAUUUAUAUGGUCAUAUGCAUAUCAUGGGUACCUAUGAUGGUUUGCUAAAACGUGAUCCCAACCAGAGACCAUUUAUACUAACCAGAGCUCAUUUUGCCGGCUCACAACGUUAUGCUACCAUUUGGACUGGCGACAACAUGGCCGAAUGGGGUCAUUUGCAACAUUCUAUCAAAAUGUGUUUGUCUGAAGCUGUAGCUGGUUUUUCGUUUUGCGGUGCUGAUGUUGGUGGUUUCUUUGGCAAUCCCGAUGCUGAACUGUUUGAAAGAUGGUAUCAGACUGGUGCUUUUCUGCCUUUCUUCCGUUCUCAUGCUCAUAUUGAUACCAAGAGACGUGAACCUUGGCUAUAUCCCGAAAAGACACGUUUAGUGAUACGUGAAGCCAUACGCAAGAGAUAUUCAUACUUGCCUUUAUGGUAUACCAUGUUCUAUGAACAUGAAAUUGAUGGCAGUCCUGUUAUUAGACCUAUGUUGACCCAUUAUCCUAAAGACAAGGAAGCGUUUGCCAUUGAUAAUCAGUUAUUGUUGCAAGAUCGUCUAUUGGUCAGACCUGUUAUGCAGCAAGGUGUUAGCAAAGUUGAUGUUUACUUCCCGGCCAUUGAUGACAAGAAAAAUGGCGAUUUGUGGUAUGAUGUGGAUACUCUGCAAAAGUACGAUAAGGCUGGCAAAGAGACUAUCCAAGUUGAUGAGUAUAAGAUUCCAGUAUAUCAACGUGGUGGCUCUAUUAUCCCCAAAAAAGAACGUAUCCGACGUGCUGCUACCCUCAUGAAAAAUGAUCCUUACACACUUAUUGUAUGCUUAGAUCGUAGUGGUAAAGCUGAAGGAACUCUCUACUUGGAUGAUGAGAAAUCAUUCGAUUACCGCCAAGGCAAAUACAUUUAUGUAAACUACAAAUUCGAUGGCUCCAAAUUGACAAACCAUUUCGUACAGGCGCCCAAUUACGAUUCGAAAUCAUGGAUUGAACGUAUUGUAAUUGCUGGCCUCGAGCGUCAACCCAAAUCGGCUACCAUUACAGUCGAUGGAGUAACACAACAAUUGGAGGUAUUACCAUAUGAGAAGGGUUAUGCUGUGCGCAAACCAGCUGUAGCUAUACACAAAGAUUUUGAAAUUAAACUUAAUUAUUAGAACUAAUUUAAAUAUGUAAUAUGUACUAAGUUGUUUGUCCCCACCAAAACAGCAAACAUAAAAUGUAGUAAUUUCAAUUUUAACAUUGUUUUAAAAACGUGAUUAUAAUUUUACUCAAUUCCAUUUUGUUUAUUUUAUCAAUAACUUUGUAUUUUAAAUUUUCCCUUUUCUUUCUAAAUUGUAUUUUAAAUAUGUAUGUUUUUUUUAAUUGCUUUGCAAUAACUCCAGGCAAAUCAUCUCAAUACAGAUGAGCCAUUUACAAUUUGUAGCUAAAAUAAACUGAAGAAAAUAAAGACACUUUACUCUACUCAA